AAGUACAUAUUUUCAAGAUGUCUGCGCCCAUGUUCUGAUAAGUCAUUUCUUUACUUUUUCUUAUAAAUAGAUACAAAUUAAGAUGUUUGUGCCUGCCGAGAAAAGGGAAUCAUCCUAUAAGGAUUUUAUCCUUAUCUACCCAGCCGUAUCAGUAGGCAAUGUGGCCCAGCUGACAGCGGACCUACUGAUUUCCACGCUGACAAUGCACCGGGCAGGUUAUAUACAGCAUCCAAGUAUUAUUCCACUGGUAGGGGGAGAUCCAUUUGCUCAUCCCGAGGCUACAAGUUGUAAAUUAGUUACAUGUUGUGAAGUGUAUGAGAGCCAAGAGCACAGAGUUGUUAUUAUUCAGCAAAGAUCUCCUUUUGUUCAGGGAAAAAGGGGAUUAUUCAGGAACUGGUUAGUUCAGUGGAUAAAAGAGAAUGAGUUUAAAAGAGUUGUUAUAGCAACAAGUAGCUCAGCUGAAGAAAGACUUGAUGUCCAGUUACAAGGACCUCAGUUUAGAUUUGUUGCAUCACCACAAAUAGAGGAAGCAUUUGGCGACAUGUUCCGUAAUUUCUACGAGUGGGAGGAGCUAGAGAGACGUCAGUGUUUUCCAGCGCCAUCUGUGUUAGAGGCCAAGGAUGGUGAAGGGGGAGAACUCUACAUACCUGGGGGUGGUAUAGCCAAAACUCUAUUUGAAGAAUUGUAUAAUGAUGUACCAGUAGCCAUAUGUUUAAUGUUUUGUGCCGAGGGUGACAAUAUCGCAGAAGCUUUAGAACUUGCUAACAGACUCAACAGAUGGCUGGGACUUAUUUUGUUUCACUCACGGUCAAUAGGUGGAGCAGAUGAAGAAGCUGUCGUAAAAUACACUAGAAUGGAAGGUCCCUGUUUCUUGGAAACUAUUUUAUGGAUCAAAGUUUGACCAGAGUUUAUUUCACUGAUAAUGA